AAAUAAAUCUUCCCUGGUGAAGAGAGAGGAAGGUAGCUUCACCACCCUGGAGUAUAGGGAAAUGGUUUUGAGGGGAAGAAAAUCUGUAAAUAUUUCUGGAACCUCACAGUAUCUCUAGCCUCCAAGGCAUGUUUGUUCUUUAAUCAUUCUUUGUCCAAAUUUUCCAGCGCUCUGCCCAGAAAAGUAUGCUCUGCCUCAGACCAUACAGAAACAGAAAAUAUUCAUUGAAAAUGGUCUUCCAACAGUUGGUUAUCUGCAAUCAGAUGGAAAUUUGUAACACCAGAUAUGGAGGAUGUAGGUCAUAACAUAUGCAGUGAACUGAGGUAUCUGGUAGAUGUUUAAGGUGUUUGUGUAUGUUUUAUGUAUUCUUAUAUGGUUCCGUUCAGGUGGGUGCAGUUUUUUUUGCAGUGACCUAGUAUUUCUUGUGCAUGAGCUGCAAGGAAGUGAAAUGCACGUAAGCAAAUGAAAAUUUCACAUCAUGUUCAAAUUGUUCCCUAAUAUAUCAGUUGUGUUAGAUCAAACUGAUAUUUUAAAAGCAAGCAUUGUAGCAGAAUUGAAUGUAUAUGAAAGUAUGUUAACUGAAAGAUUUUAUUAUUGAUAUUUAGUACAACAAUAAUAAUAACCAAACUGACUUAAGCCCACUCAGAAUCCUUGUAUGUACGUUAACAGUAUCUAACUAUGGUGAAUGAAUGAAUGGAUGUCUCUUCUAAGCUUUGAGGUAGAUCCAUUCGUAUAGUUUAUCUCAUUUGGUCUCAGAUAACUCUAAGAAGUAAGUGGCUGUAGGCUGAUUUUUACAGAUGAGAACUCUAAGUAUAAGGGACUUUCUCAAGGCCACACAGAUAUAGCAGUUGGCCAAGCUGAUAUUUAGUACCCAUUUUUCCUGUCUCUCAUCUAGAGUUCUGCCACAGUCCCACAGCAGCCCAUUAAAGUGGCCAAACACAUUGCGAAUAGCCAUUUUAAGUGCCAGAUCUAGUUAUUUUGCUGCAAUGCUGAGUGGCUGUUGGGCUGAAAGCUCCCAAGAGUACAUUACUCUUCAAGGUAUAAACCAUGUGGAAAUGAAUGUUAUGAUGCAUUUUAUAUAUGGAGGAACUUUGGACUUUCCAGACAAAGCUAAUGUUGGUCAGAUACUCAAUAUGGCUGAUAUGUAUGGACUAGAAGGAUUAAAAGAAGUAGCAAUCUAUAUUUUAAGAAGAGAUUACUGUAAUUUCUUUCAGAAGCCUGUUCCCAGAAGGUUGGCAUCUGUAUUAGAGUGCCUGAUUAUUGCUCAUACAGUUGGAGUGGACAGUCUUUUUGCUGACUGCAUGAAGUGGAUUGUAAAGCAUUUUGCAAGGUUUUGGUCUGAGAGAAGUUUUGCAAAUGUACCUUCUGAGAUUCAGAAAAGUUGUCUUAAUAUGUUGAUUCAGUCUUUAAAUGAUAAGAAUGCUGCUUUUCUUCUGAUGGAAAGUGACAGGCUAAUCAUCAGCUUACCCAGAGUGAAGUGGACAGAAGUAGCACUGACUAUGGCAUCUCAGCUGCAAGAAGAAUGUAUUGCAUUUAUUAUAGAAAACUUCUCCAAGAUCAUUCAAAGUGAAAAUUUUGCUCUUCUCUUACAGUCACAAGCAAUGAGCAGCACAGCUGAUCUAUUGGACAAAAUUUUAAAAGCAAUUGAAGAAAACAUUACCACUGAGAAUAGUUGCUCUCUUCUUAUGGCUCUGGACACAUUACUGAACUCUGACAGUACAAAGGAAAUGGGUUUUACGUGCAAGAUCCAGGCUCUGCGUGAUAAGCUGUGGAUCUUCCUGGUUCAGUCUUUCUAUGCUGUUCGUCACACAGAAAGCUGGAAGCUGAUGAGCACAGAUGAUCAACAGAAAAUCCAAGCAGCUGCAUUUGACAAAGGUGAUGAUCGAAGACUUGGCAAAAAGCCUGUAUUCAGCAGUUCUCAGCAAAGGAGACAAGUUUCUGACUCUGGUGUCAUAAAAAACAAAUCUUGGAGAGGAAAUAUCAAGAAGGAUUGUUGGAAUUAUCCCUCUACUAAGCAAAAGAUGAAAUCUGAUGGAUUAGGAGCAUCUGGACAUUCAAGUACUAAUAGAAACACUGUAAAUAAAACUUUGAAACAUGAUGAUUUAAAGGAAAAGGGUGGUACAAAAACAGCAUCUAAGGCUACAAAAGAACUUAAAACUGGGGGGAAGAAUGUUUCUGGAAAGCCCAAAGCUAUAAUAAAGUCCCAAACAGAAAACAGUGAUAAUGCUAAGUCAACAAACACGUCGCCUAGACAAGCUGUGGAAAGAUCAGCAGCAGCAGCAAAUGGACAGAAAAAUUCAUUAAAUGAGAAAGGAGUGAGAAAUCAGGAAGGGCACAUUACAGGUGCCAGACCCAAGGUACUCACUGGGAACUUAAAUGUGCAAGCCAAAGCAAAGCCUUUGAAGAGAGUGACAGGAAAAGAUUCUCCAUGCCUCAGCAUCACAGGGCCUUCCAGCAGAUCGACCAAUUCAAGUAUGGAAUUACUGAUUUCCACUGAAUGCCUGAAUGAACCAAAAGAAAAUGGAUCCAUAGGAGAAGAGAAGCCUUCUGGUGAUAAACUGUCCUUUUGUGAAUCUUCAGGACAGACAGUGAAAAACAGUGUGGAAAGUACCAAAACUUCUACUGUAGCAGUAAAAUCUCGACCUGUUUCAAAAGUUACCAAUGGAACUUCAAAUAAAAAAGGCAUUCAAGAAGAAACUAAUAUAAGUAGCAGUGUGCUAAAGAAGGUCACUAGCAAAGGAUAUAGUGAUCCAGUACCACAGGCAGUUUUAAAGAAAAAAGGAAAUGGCAGUGGGUGUGCUACAGCUCAGCAGAGGACAAAAAAUGCCUCGUCUAAUCUUGCUAAAACUCAAGGAUCUCAAGGAGAGUCACCAAAUUCAGUAAAAUCUUCAGUCUCUUCAAGGCAGUCUGAUGAAAAUGUGACAAAAUUGGACCACAAUACAACUACAGAUAAACAAACACCUAAGAAAAAAAUUGUCAAGCAAGGACACACACCUUUGCCUAAGGUUAAUGCAAAAAUAGCGGCAAUGUCUAAAAACUUAAAUCAGUCUAAGAAAAGUGAAACUUUGAGUAAUAAAGAUUCAAAACAGAAAACGCUUCCUGGACAGGUUAUAUUGAAAACUCAGCCUUCUUCUCAAAGACCUUUAAAAAGUGAAACAUGUGUUGUCCAAGAAAAUAUAUUUCAUGAUGUGCGUGAUAAUAAUAACAAGGAUGAUAUUUCUGAACAGAAGCCUCAUGAACCUCUAAUUAAUCUCACAUCAGAAAUCAGCAGUAGAGAAGCAUUCCAGUCAUCAUGCAAACCUGACCCACAAAAGCCAUUAAGCAAUCAAGAGAAAGAGAAAUUAGUAUUAGAAUGCCAAACUAUUUCAAAUCUGGAUAAAUCAAUAAAGCAUGAACUGGAGUCAAAACAGAUUUGUUCACAUAAAAGUGAAACAGAAUUUUCCAGCAAAGAAUCAGAUCAUCACAACACAGCUAAAAUACAUUGCUUUUCUGAUGGGAGUGGUAAUGCAGAUCCAAAAUUUUAUAACACCACUGUCCUAGAAUCCGUGAUUUCAAAUCCCAGUGAAAACUCCUUGAACUCUAAUCCUGUUUGUGAUUUAGACUCAGCAAAUGCAGAGCAAAUCCAUUCAGUAUCAGAUAGGGAGAAGCAAGGAGGGAAACAAGAUAUAAACAAAAGAUUAAGCAUUAAAUGUGUCAAAGAUGUUUUACCAUGUGUUCCUGAAAGGACGAAUGGUACCUUAAGUUCUCUCCAAGGUGACAGAAAAUCUAAAAUUCAUGUAGAAGAACAGAAAAUUCCUAGUCACUUGUCUGAUGACUCUGCUAUGAGUGAAAUCAAACAUGCUACCGCAGACUCAGAUAUUUCCUCCAGGUGUGUUUUGGAACAAAUAUCAGGAAAACAUUCUCCUAAAGAUACGGAAACGACAGAGACUCCAGAGAGCCAUGAAACUCCACAAGUUCCAUUUCUGAGCCACUGGACUUUGAGUACCAGCCGUCUGCAUCAGAGAGAGAGUCCUGAAUCUGACACUGGCAGUGCUACCACAUCCUCUGAUGACAUAAAGCCCAGAUCUGAAGACUAUGAUGCUGGAGGGUCUCAGGAUGAUGAUGGGUCAAAUGACAGAGGUAUUUCUAAAUGUGGCACUAUGUUGUGCCAUGAUUUUCUUGGAAGAAGUAGCAGUGAUACCAGCACUCCUGAAGAAUUAAAAAUAUAUGACAGUAACUUAAGAAUUGAGGUGAAAAUGAAAAAGCAAAGUAGUAAUGAUCUUUUCCAAGUUAAUUCGACAAGUGAUGACGAGAUUCCCAGGAAACGGCCAGAAAUUUGGUCUCGAUCUACAGUAGCCCACCCUAGGGAAAAAGAAAAUAUUCUACGAGGCAGUGUCCAUUUUGCUCAAGAAGUAGAUCAAGUUUCUUCCUCAGCAGAUGAAACAGAAGAUGAAAGAUCUGAAGCUGAAAAUGUUGGAGAAAAUUCCUGUACAUCUAACUCAGCUCCUCAGCAGUUUCAGGGAAUAAUUAAUUUGGCUUUUGAAGAUGCAACAGAAAAUGAAAAUCACGAGUUUUCUGCAACUAAAAAUUUUAAAAGAUCAGUCUUACUUUCAGUAGAUGAAUGUGAAGAACUCGGAUCUGAUGAAGGGGAAGCUCAUACUGCCUUUCAGCCUUCUGUGAAUUCUCUUUCACCUUCUGAUGUUUUUGAUGGCAUUUCUCAUGAACAUCAUAGAAAGACAUGCUAUUCCAGGUACACACAAGGACGUGAAGGUAGUAUUUUAGAAUGUAAACAAGAUAAAGGCAAUAGUGUAUAUAAAAACGAAAGCUCUCUCUUGGGUCCCAGCAGCAUUGACUCAUCAAGGAAAGAUAAACAGAGUGCUUCAGCCACAGGAAAAAAGUUCACAGUAGAUGUCCUGUCCAAAGGAGGCAGACAGCUUCUUCCAGAAGAUAAACAAGUAAACAGGGGAAGCAAUGUAGGUAAUGACUUUCCCCAGCAACAUAGCAGACUCUCAGAUAAUGAUAUAAAAUCUCAAGAAAGACCAUGUCAUUUGGAGCUUCAUCAAAGAGAACCCAAUUCUGACAUACCAAAGAACAGCUCCACAAAAUUUCUGGACUCCUGUCGGAGUCAACUUCUGCCUCAGGAAGGUCAAGUGAAAGAGAACCAUUCUACAGCUACCAAAAAAGCUAAUAUUGCUUUAUCUGCAGGAGACAUAGAUGAUUGUGACACACUGGCACAAACCUACAUGUAUGACCAUCGGCCUUCAAAAACCCUCUCUCCAAUAUAUGAGAUGGAUGUAAUAGAAGCAUUUGAGCAGAAAAUGGAAUCAGAAACACAUGUUACAGACAUGGAUUUUGAAGAUGAUCAGCACUUUGCAGAACAAGAUUGGACACUUUUAAAGCAACUGCUCUCUGAACAGGAUUCAAACUUAAAUAUUACGAAUUCUGUUCCUGAAGACUUAAAUUUAGCACAGUAUCUAAUCAAUCAGACACUACUUUUAGCACGAGACAGCUCAAAACCUCAGGGUAAAGCACAUGUUGACACUUUGAACAGAUGGAGUGAACUAACCUCUCCCCUUGAUGAUUCCUCAGCAAGCAUCACCAUGGCUAGUUUUUCCUCUGAAGAUUGUUCACCCCAAGGGGAAUGGACAAUUCUGGAACUGGAAACUCAGCAUUAAGAGUAUUAACACUUUGGAAAAUUUUGAACUAUGCCACCACUUUAUUUUUUGAUGCUUAUAUUAUAUCCAAAUAAUAAUUGGAUUAGCCAGAGAUAGACUGUCCUUAAUAUUGAGGGAGUCUUUACAGUUUAUUGAGGUAAACAUAAUUUGUUUAUUAAUAUAUCAUAUGUAGAAAAAGGUGUUUUUCUAAAAUUUUUGAGCAUGUUUUAUUAAUUAUUAGAGAAAUUAGUAGACUUAUAAAGAAACCCUUCAGUUUUCCUUUCCUAACUGAUCAUUUGUUCACUUGUUUAUAAUUCAAGAAUUUAAAAUGUUAAUGUACAAGUAGAUGAGUCCCUUUACUUUUUGCCCUGCAUAUGGUAACAGUAAUUUAACAAUAAAAAACAUAUUGUGCUUGUGUCAA